AUGAUAACUGCUACUGACGCUGAUCAACUACACCCCGAUGCAUCAACCCACUCAGGAGCACUGUUGGAAAUUGUCCAGCAUACUGCAACUGAACAGUUCAUAGCAGCACCAGUCGGCCAACCCCAAACACCAAACCAAUUGAGCGCGGAUUCUACGGAGAAUACAACAAGACAAGAAGCGGUCACAGAACUGAGUCCUGACAAUUAUGUGGAAAGAAUCAUCGAUGACAACGUUGGAUCAAAUCAACCGGUGCAAGGAGUUGUAGUUUUCCCUCCACUUAAUCAGGGUAAAGGUGACGUCUUAGUCGAAGAAGCUGACACUUUUUUAGAGCUUCUAUCAGACGACUGGAUAGCGAAUCACCGGUUAACGCUAGCGUCUAAGCGACGGGCUGCGGAAAGGUCUCGUCUUGCAGCAGUUGAUGCAGUCCCUGCUGAAUCACCCAUCUUUGCAGAGAAUCGAGGCACACAGUUGGAUGUUGAUUGGAUUCCAGGGUCCAUGGAACAGGAAAGCUAUCAACUAGAAGAUCCGUCAGCCGGUCCUGGACUAGAACUCCCAAUAGAAGAGCUGGUGGCACAGCAGAGAGCCAACACGCUCUCCUAA